AUGUCGAAAAAUAAUCAACAAAGAUAUGAAGAAGAAAUUGAAAUUAUUAACUCUACUUUUCAAAGUAAAAGUAAACUUUGUCAAAUGGGCAACUCACUUCCAAACCCAUCAGAUUUUGCUUAUAGUUUAAUGGAAGAUUUCUUUUUUUCAGUUCAACUCUUACAUAAUAAAUAA